AUGGCUUGGGUGUCAGAGUUGAUAGAGAAAAGGCCGAAGACCGAACAGGUGCUGCUCUACGCCUGCGAAAACGAUCAUGCUGCUGUUGCGCGGCUGAAGGAGCAGCUGCAGCAAAAGGUUUUGGUGCUGCCUUGCAUGGUUGAUAGGAUUUGUGCUGCUAGGAAUAUCUUUGCUGACAAGGGCGCGGGAAACACCCCCGCGUUGGUGAACAGUUUGUUGACUUCGCUGUGCAACAUUUCGCCCUUCUUUAGGAUUGAAGUCUUAGCAGAACCUUAUGAAGGAGAAAUUGUGGUUUUGGAAAGGCCCCAAUUUGCGCCGCCGCCGCCCUUUGGGGGCCCCAAUGUGCAUGCGCCCCAGCUUCGGGCGGCGGCGCACUACCUCUGCCAGCGCAAGAUAGGACUUGUUAAUGGCAUGCAUACCACUCUAGCUUUUUUAACUGCAUGCAGCAGACGCGACGAGCUGCUUGCUGCUGCUAAGGAAGCAGCAAAGCCAAGGACGGCCCGCAGCAGCAGCAGCAGCAGCAGCAGCAGCAGCAGCAGCAGCGGCAGCAGCAGCAGCGCAGACGCCAAAGGCAGCAGCAGCAGCAGCAGCAGCAGCAGCAGCAGCAGCGAGAGCCCCGACCCGCUGCUGGUGGCGCUGCGCUCUGUCCCGCUGCUGAAAGAAGCAGAAAUGCAGCAGCAGCAAAAAGAAACAAUGUGGGCCUGGCUCACUGCCAGGUGUCUCCAAGUCCUUUGGGAGCACGAUAAAGAAGUCAUCAAGGUUCCAUACGCGUCUGUUGACUAUUUAUACCUUUUUGGAGCAGCACAUGUUUGGGUCUGUGCCAUUGGCAUCGAUUUUGCUCAAACACGCUACCAUCAGCGCCUUCGAGAUGAUAGACGAAGCUGGCAGGCUGCUGCAGCAGCUGCAAAGUCAGCAGCAACUGCAGCAGCAACUGCAGCAGCAGCUGCAAAGACAGCAGCGACUGCAGCAACAGCUGCAAAGACAGCAGCAACUUCAAAGACAGCAGCAACUGCAGCAGCAGCUAAAGCAGCAACUUCGGCGUCAGUGGCUGCAGCAGGUGCAGCUGGAGCAACAGCAAAAACAGCAGCUGGCAGCAGGGCGCAGCAUCAGCAGCAGCUGCUGCAGCACUUGCUGCAGCAGCAGCAGCAGCAGCACCUGCUGCAGCAACAAGUUGAAUCUAGUGGCGCCUACGUAGCAGCAGCUGCUAUUGCGUCAUCAACUGCAGAAGCAGCAGCUGUUAACGUGUUUGUAUAG